GCUUCCGCUUCCGCUUCUCCCGCGCCACGGCCUUAUGCGCCUGCGCCUGUGCAGUCGGAGUACGGAGGCAUAGCUCCCGGCGACUGAGGCUGAUCCAUCUGGGACUGAAGAGGCUGAGGAAGCCGAGGCGGAACCGGGCCGGGAGCCACCAUGAGCCGCAGCUACAAUGACGAGCUGCAGUAUCUGGACAAGAUCCACAAGAACUGCUGGAGGAUCAAGAAGGGCUUCGUGCCCAACAUGCAGGUGGAAGGAGUGUUCUACGUGAACGAUCCGCUUGAGAAGCUGAUGUUUGAGGAGUUAAGAAAUGCCUGCCGAGGUGGAGGUGUUGGUGGCUUCCUGCCAGCAAUGAAGCAGAUUGGCAACGUGGCAGCCUUACCUGGGAUUGUCCACAGAUCUAUUGGGCUUCCCGAUGUCCAUUCUGGUUAUGGAUUUGCUAUUGGGAAUAUGGCUGCCUUUGACAUGAGUGACCCAGAAGCUGUGGUGUCCCCAGGUGGUGUCGGAUUUGACAUCAACUGUGGUGUCCGCUUGCUGAGAACCAAUCUUGAUGAAAGUGAUGUCCAGCCUGUGAAGGAGCAACUCGCCCAGGCCAUGUUUGACCACAUUCCUGUUGGGGUGGGAUCCAAAGGAGUUAUCCCCAUGAAUGCCAAGGACUUAGAGGAGGCUCUAGAGAUGGGGGUGGACUGGUCUCUACGAGAAGGCUAUGCCUGGGCAGAGGACAAGGAGCACUGUGAGGAAUAUGGGCGUAUGCUGCAAGCUGACCCUAACAAGGUCUCCGCCAGGGCUAAAAAGAGAGGCCUUCCUCAGCUUGGGACCCUGGGAGCAGGAAAUCACUAUGCAGAAAUCCAAGUUGUGGAUGAGAUUUUUAAUGAGUACGCUGCUAAGAAGAUGGGCAUUGACCACAAGGGGCAGGUGUGUGUGAUGAUCCACAGCGGCAGCAGAGGCCUGGGCCAUCAGGUAGCUACAGAUGCCCUGGUGGCCAUGGAAAAAGCUAUGAAGAGAGACAAGAUUAUCGUGAAUGACCGCCAGUUAGCAUGUGCUCGGAUCAGCUCCCCUGAGGGGCAGGACUACCUGAAGGGGAUGGCAGCUGCCGGGAACUAUGCCUGGGUCAACCGCUCCUCCAUGACGUUUCUGACCCGCCAGGCUUUUGCCAAGGUCUUCAACACAACCCCUGAUGACUUGGACCUCCAUGUGAUCUAUGACGUCUCCCACAACAUUGCCAAGGUGGAGCAGCAUGUGGUGGAUGGCAAAGAGCGGACCCUGCUGGUACACAGGAAGGGGUCCACCCGGGCCUUCCCUCCGCACCACCCCCUCAUUGCUGUGGAUUACCAGCUGACCGGACAGCCAGUCCUCAUUGGGGGAACCAUGGGAACCUGCAGCUAUGUUCUUACUGGGACUGAGCAGGGCAUGACAGAGACCUUCGGAACAACCUGUCAUGGAGCUGGUCGUGCGUUGUCCCGAGCAAAAUCUCGACGUAACUUAGACUUCCAGGAUGUUUUAGAUAAAUUGGCUGACAUGGGCAUCGCGAUCCGGGUCGCUUCCCCUAAAUUGGUGAUGGAAGAGGCCCCUGAGUCGUAUAAAAACGUGACAGAUGUUGUGAACACCUGCCAUGAUGCUGGAAUCAGCAAGAAAGCAAUUAAACUGCGACCAAUUGCAGUUAUCAAAGGCUAAUGUCCCAGUGGGCUCAACUGAGACCACUGACCUGACCAGACCUGACCCAGACGUGGAUUCACGCGCUCUUUAGAUGCCAAAUUUACUGACCUACCUGAAUCAAAGUGUGCCUGUCACAUCUCCCACUCCAAACUGACUGAUCCAGCGUGGUAAAGAACCGCCCGUUAGAGAGGCCACGCUGUCUCAUUCAGAGAGGAAUAAAUGGACAUUUUCAUUGCCUUGGUGGUCUGGCCACAGUCACUGAUUACUCCUGGCCUGGUUCCACCCUCAGAGUGCGUGAAAAGAAGUCCUGCCUUAACGCUAAGUUUUCUUCCCAGUCUGCUAGAUGAUCUGAGCGGUAGGACAUUCUGCUCCACGGGGCUUUUCAGGGUCCCUGGCAUCAUCCUUGCCUAAGGGGCUUACCAUCACUAACUUGGGGAAAACCCUGGCUGAAGAGUGACUUGUGCUUCCUUGUUUUUUUUUUUUGUUUGUUUUUGUUUUUGUUUUUUUUGAGCGGGGCUUGGUUGGGGCAGGGCAAGUCUAGGGGAGAGAAGCAGUGGCAGGAAAGCAAGGCCAAGUAUUUUAGUUUAUGUAGCCAGGGCUUCCUUCCUAUUUCUAACUACAAGGCAAAGUUUUGGGCUGCCUGCUGACCCAAGACGUCAUGCAAAUGACAGAUGGCAUUCCUUGGAGGUGUGUGUCUGUGUGUGUGUGUGUGUGUGUGCCUGCUGACCCAAGACAUCAUGCAAAUGACAGAUGGCAUUCCUUGGAGGUGUGUGUGUGUGUGUGUGUGUGUGUGUGUGUGUGUGUGUUCGUUCUCUCCAUGAUGAUGGUUGCAGAUUGGAAACAUGGAGUGCUUGGCCUCUGUGCUUAAGCUGGUGUGCACACCUUGAGCCCUGUAGCUCUGGAGUUAAGUUUUGGUGGUGGUAACUAAACCUAGGGCUGCCAAGCGAGUCUGAUCUGGUUUGUUCUGUGACCUGCCAGGAGCUGAUAGGGGGCUGUUUGUGGUGAAUGGAUGGCCUGGCACUGAGGCCUUAGUGGAUCUGAACAGCCAGGAAAGGGGGCAAUGUCACAAAACUACCGUAGGUUAUUUAUACUUUGUGUCAGGAUUGUGGGAGAAUUUGCUUAUAAAGAAAAUGAGUUUUUCCCAGGAUUGCCGUCAGCUGCUGCCAUUUUUCCUGGUUUUUUUUUUUCCUUCCUUCAGAAAACCAGGCUUAAUAGAAACACAUUUGCCCUCUUACCAGGCUCAUCCCUUUCUCCAUCAUAAUCUCAUCGGAGCACUUUUCCCAGAUUCUGUUCUCUGCACUGGGGGUGGGGGGUGUUCAGUGGAGCAUGCCUCUCAGAUGUGGUACAUGUUUAGGAAGUAAUGAAUCUCUACACCAGUCCUUGGAAACAAGGGCAGAGAUGGCUUAGAGGAGCAGACCCACCAGCGGACACCAAAGGCACUUGACAGUAAAAGCCCAAUCCAGUGUGGCCAGAAUCUCCUGAGUACAUCUUGGGGCUUGCCUGGCGACUCAUGUUUUUCAAACUAAUUCAAAGCAAGAAUUUUUCCUGUAGCCGACUGACGUCAGUCAGGGAAUGAUGGCUUAGCUCACCUUAAUGACACAAAAUUAACUUUUAUUAGACUUUCUGAAAUGUAUUUCUAUGGCAGUUUGUAGACAUGCCGUUUUCUUGCCCAGUAGAAAAACCUUUCUGCUCUCCCUCAGCCUCCCCUGUCUGACUUGGGCCGUUUUUAGGUUAUUUGUUAGUAUUUGAGUUUGUAAGAGGAAAGGAGCUAGCAUUACAGUUCACUUGUUCUGAAAAUUUUUCUUUGGCCGUUCAAAAAACAUGACUUAAGAAUAAAUUACCUGAAAAUGAA